AUGGCUUUACAACCCAAUCUUCGACCUCUGAUUAUCGCUGGAUCUGCUCAUGCUCCACACACGCUCGAUAUAUUCUUGGACUAUACUGUUCUUGUACCCCUUUGCGCUGAUGGUGGGAAGUAUGGCGAUAAAGUCAAAGUAAUUUUCAGGCCGCAGGUGCAGCCUUGGCACGCUUCUUCAACUUUUGUACAUGAAGCUGGAUUAGCAGUCGCCCGUGUCGCGCCCCAACAAUUCUGGCCUUUUGCUUUGGCGCUUUUCAAGCAGCAAGGAGAAUAUUUUGAUAUACCAACCUCCACCAUCACGCCUCUCGAGGUUCGCACUAAACUCACCAAACUCGCCGAAAGUGUAAUCGGGAGCAGCUUGGCCAACGAUUUUAAAGAUCUUCUAGAACUUAAAGGCUCCCCGAACGGAGGAAACGCGGUGACUGAUGAUCUCAAGUACACCAUUAAAUUCUCGCGACAAAACAGCAUUCAUGUUUCUCCCACCGUUCUUUGGGAUGGAUUGGUUGCGAACGAAGUUUCUAGUAGCUGGGGUGAAAAGGAAUGGAACGAGUUCCUUGCUACGAAGGAUACAAUCUGGGAAGCCUUCUUAAUUUCCCCAAACCUUGGAAACUGGAUGGUGGAACGGGCGCAACCUAUCGAGGACUCCAAGGUCGAAGAGCCACAACAAAAUCUCUCCGAGGACUCUAGUCAAGAGUUAACAACAACAGCAGAUGAUUAUGCUGCGGAAGCAACGUCUCCCAUUGAUGAUAAUACGAAGGAAAAAGGUACUAUUAGAGAACGACAGGAGCCAUUAUACUCGACAUUUCCGAGGUCGCAGAAAAUGCUCAUAUUAAUCAUUGGCUCCUUCGCCGGCCUUGUUUCGCCGCUGACUGGGUCGAUCUACCUCCCGGCGUUGAACACAAUCGCCGCAGACCUCGGAGUGAGAACCUCACUGGUCAAUCUGACCAUCACCACCUACCAGAUCUUCCAAGGUCUGGCACCUUCAUUUAUGGCAAGCUUGGCUGAUACUCACGGACGCAGACCGACAUACCUGCUCGCAUUUUCCAUCUACAUAAUCGCAAAUCUGGCAUUGGCUUUACAAGACAGCUAUGCAGCACUGAUGGUUUUGCGUUGUCUACAAUCUGCGGGUAGCUCAGCUACUAUCGCACUAGGAAGCGCUGUUGUUGCCGAUAUGGUGACGAGAGCUGAACGGGGUUCUUGGGUUGGGUAUGCAGGAUUAGGAAUAAGCCUAGGUCCAGCAUUAGGACCAACGAUUGGCGGCCUGCUCAAUCAGUUCCUCGGAUGGCGUUCCAUCUUUUGGUUUCUUCUCAUCCUCGGAAGCGUGCUUCUGGUAAUCAUAUUCAUGUUCAUGCCUGAGACAGGCAGGGCGGUGGUGGGCAACGGGAGUGUGAAACCGGCAUGGUGGGACCUAAGUCUGGCUCAAUGGUUGCGUAUACGAAGUGGACAUCACUUUAAUGGUACAGAAGGCGUCGAAGAAGAUAUAUCAACUAUCAAUAAACCAAAAAAGCGCCUGAAUCCAAUCUCCUCGCUCCGUAUCCUCCUAGAACCCGAAGGAGGCAUCACGCUAGGUUUCGGCGCGAUUUUCUUUGCGGGCUAUUUCAUGGUGAUGACGACACUAUCGGAGCAGCUGACAGCACGUUUUGGCUUUUCAUCAGCCAUAGUGGGUCUCUGCUACCUCCCUCUAGGAUUCGGAUCAUUAUGCUCCCGUUGGACGAGUGGACUACUCUUCGAUUGGAACUUUCGGCGGCACGCACGCCUUUUGGGUGUCCCACUCGAUUUAUCUCGACAGCAGCAACUAGAAAUAUUCCCAAUUGAGCGAAUCAGGUUGGAAAUCUGUAUCCCUAUGAUUUAUAUUUCCUGCGGCACUCUUCUAGCAUACGCAUGGGCAAUGCAGACGAACGCGAGUUUGGCUGGGAUCGAGGUCUCCCUUUUCUUCCUAGGGUUGUUUUACUCGGGCGCGCAGCAGGGAUUGAAUACCCUGAUUGUGGACACACAUGCAGAUACUCCAGCUACGGCUACAGCGGCCAACAAUUUAUUUCGAUGUUUGAUGAGCUCGGGAGGUACCGCCAUAGCACCUUUGAUGAUUGAAAAGAUUGGGAUAGGUCUUAUGGGCGUCUUCGUUAGUGGGGUAUGGUUUGUGUUCAGCCCGUGUCUCUGGGCUGUGCUGCUGUAUGGAAAGCAGUGGAGGGAAAGUGAAAAAAUCAAGCACGAGAAAGAGAAUAGCAAUGGUCAGAAAGUUUGA